AUGGACUAAAACUCAUCUAACAUCCAACUCUUUGACAGGCAAAAAAAUAGUUUGAAUUUCAACAAAAAUGAGUAAAAUAGAAAAUAUCUCCUUUUCUAAAUAGAGAAAAGUUAAUUAUAAAAAUGUCAAGUACACAAUGUUCAAUAUUAUUUUUAGAACUAUUCUGAUCAAGAAAGAUAAGAUUAAAUAUUAAGAACACCUAGUCUUACAUAAUAUGUUAAAAACACAUUAAAUAAAGUGAAAGUAGCUCAAAAAUCGAAGAUCUAAAAAAAUAUUUCCAUUCCUCAAAAAAUACAUUAAAAAUUCAUUCAAUAAAAACAAAAAGAAUUUGUUAAAUUUCUUACAUUAUGUCUAACAAUUAUAUCUUUUGUUGUAAUAGUUGUAGAAUAGUAUAAACAGAAAUAAAACAGAAGUUCUAAUGAUUAUUGA